UGGGUUUGAUUCAGAUUGUACAAAAUGAAUUCCAUCAAAUCACUUUUUGCGUUGACUCUGAUUGCCCUUAGUUUGAGUUCAGCGUUUUCGCUGAAUCUCGAGUCUGUGGCAACAGUUGACCACAGAAACGCGUCGCUUCAUGACACUUGGGCAGGUAGCGCUGGGGUGUGUACCAGCAUUGAAAGACAGGACCUUGUCUACUAUAACCACGCUAAUCUUCUAUCAGUAUCGUCUGGCAGCACAAUAACAAGCACCUAUUCGUGGUCUGGUUCAAGGACUAUUUACUGUAUUGAAGUCGUCACAAACUUCGGAACAACAUCGCAAAUAUCCGCUGGUGGUGUUGGUUACCAAACUGCUUCGCUCAGCGUACAGUCUGUCGCAGGAAGAGAUUUAGAAGCCAUUAUUUACAUCUACGCGGAUUAAAUUUGUUAAAAUUAUUUUUAUUUUGUCGUGAUACUAUACUUUUAGUCCUUGAAAUUA